AUGAGGUUGGCAGGGGGCCCCGUCACCCUGAGGACGCCCCUCUUGCUGCUUGGGCUCUGGGUGGUGCUGGCUCCCACCCAGUGUUCUCAAGGUCGCCCCUCCUGGCGCUACAUCUCCUCCGAGGUGGUGAUUCCCACGAAGGAGCUGCACCACAGCAAAGCCGUGCGGGCAGCAGGCUGGCUCUCCUACAGCCUGAGGUUUGGGGGCCAGAGACACGUCCUCCACAUGCGGCGCAAGAGACUCUUUUGGCCUGGACAGCUGACAUUAUUUACUGUAUCAAUUAUAGCCUCCAACCAAAUAGGGACCACUUUUGGUCUGUGGUUAGAUACGGUGGAGUGUGUUUGCCAGAGAAGGGCCACCUGCAUCAUGUACAGAUACCCUGUGUUGACAGAUUCAUUCAGUAACUGUUCUUUUCAACACACAGCACACGUACUUAAUAAUAAUAUACAACUCUGCCUCUUCCAAGAAAGAGGGCAGCUGGUGUAUUCAAACAGUAGCCUGACAACCAUUCGAUGUGGAAACUCUGUGGUGGAAAACGGAGAGCAGUGUGACUGUGGGACCUUCAAGCAGUGUUACAGCAACACGUGCUGCGAAAGUGACUGCCGCUUUUCACCCGGGAGCAUUUGUAACAGAGAAACGUGCUGCACAAACUGCACCCAAGCACCUGCAGGGACGCUCUGCAGGCCGAUCCAGAACAUCUGUGACCUUCCGGAGUACUGCAUGGGGAAGGACACGAAUUGCCCCAGUGACUUUUAUCUGCAAGAUGGAACCCCGUGCACUGAGGACGGCUACUGCUAUGAGGGCAAUUGUACCGACCGCAGUAUGCACUGCAAGGAGAUCUUUGGGGAGGGGGCGCUGAGCGCGCCAGACGUCUGCUACAGCAUCAAUAAAAAGGGCCACCGAUUUGGACACUGUAAAGUUACGAUUGGAUUCGCGCCACAACGUUGUGCGGACGCUGACGUUAUGUGUGGACGCCUACAGUGUGUCAACGUCACUCAUCUGCCUCGGUUGCAGGAACACGUGGGCUUCCAUCACUCAAUCAUCGGGGAGUCCUUGUGUUUUGGGGUGGGUGCACACCGUGGCACAGAAAGCACUGAUGUUGGUGCUGUGAGAUCUGGUACUCCCUGCGGCGGUGGAAAGUUUUGUCUGAAAGGCUUCUGCAAUGCUACCUUGGCGGCCAUAGACUACAACUGUCCCCCUUCGAAAUGCAACUACAGGGGCGUGUGCAACAAUAACAGGAACUGCCAUUGCCAUGUAGGCUGGGACCCUCCCCUGUGCAUUAACAGUGGUGCGGGAGGGAGUGUGGACAGCGGACCCGCUCCAAGAAGAAGGCGGUCAGUGAGGGCAGGUGGUAUGUCACUGGUGUAUUUGAGAGUCGUUUUUGGUCGCUCGCUUGCCCUCAUAGCGGCACUCCUCUUCGGCGUAGCCAUGAAUGUGAGAACUAUCCAGACCACUACAGUCACUGAAGUGAAAGUUCGUGGAAAGUAA